CAACACCAGUGCAUGAAUGGCAACCGUGGAUGACCUUAAGUUUCAAGAAUUUGAUGAUGCAGCCAACUUGUUGGCAGCCAAUCCGGAUGCUGUCACAAUAAGCAUUGAUGAGCCUAGUGAGAAACCAAAGAAGAAGCCUGGACAUCGGCAAGACUCUGGGAGAGAGGAGGAUGACGAACUGCUGGGGACAGAUGAUUCUGAUAAAACUGAGUUGCUUGCUGGGCAGAAGAAAAGUGCCCCCUUCUGGACAUUUGAUUAUUACCAAACAUUUUUUGAUGUGGAUACAUACCAGGUCCUGGACAGAAUCAAAGGUUCUGUUUUUCCAGUACCAGGGAAGAACUUUGUAAGACUGUACAUACGAAGUAAUCCUGACCUUUAUGGUCCCUUUUGGAUAUGUGCAACAUUGGUCUUUGCCAUUGCUAUUAGUGGCAACCUUUCCAAUUUUUUCAUCCAUCUUGGUGACCCUUAUUACCCAUACGUGCCUGAAUUCAGAAAAGUCUCCAUAGCUGCUACAGCGAUCUACGCUUAUGCGUGGCUGGUUCCUCUGGCCCUCUGGGGAUUCCUUAUGUGGAGAAACAACAAAGUUAUGAACAUUGUCUCCUACUCAUUUCUGGAGAUUGUGUGUGUUUAUGGCUAUUCGCUCUUCAUUUAUAUUCCGACUGCGAUUUUGUGGAUCAUUCCACUGAAAGCCGUCCGAUGGGUUUUGGUGGUAUUUGCUCUGUGUCUUUCAGGAUCUGUUUUAGCAAUGACAUUUUGGCCUGCUGUUAGAGACGAUAAUCGAAGGAUUGCAGUGGCUACAAUUGUGACAGUUGUACUUCUCCAUGCUUUGCUUGCGGUUGGUUGCUUGGCCUACUUUUUUGAUGAUCCAGAAGUAGUUUCUUCAUUGCCUACUGUACUUCCACAUAAUUUAACAACAGUAAUGAUAAAAGCUCAGUAAUUAAGAUACCUACUAUUUCACCUGUGCAAUACUGUUUUAUUGGGGCUUUGCCACGUUGAAAAGGAAAAAAAAAGACAAAAGCGCUG